AUGGAAUCUGGAUCCAUUGUCGACCUCCUGCUGGUCUCGCUGUGUCUCCUGUACCUGGCGCUCUGUCCCUACACGAAAGUCGAGGAGAGCUUCAACUUUCAGGCCGCGCACGACCUCCUCUACCACGUGGGAAACCUCAGCAAGUAUGACCACUUCGAGUUUCCCGGCGUCGUUCCGAGGACGUUUGUCGGCCCUCUGGUCGUGUCCUUCAUAUCCAAACCGCUUGUCAGCUUUGCAAGCAGCCUUGGAGCAGCAAAACCUCUCUCACAAUGGAUUGUGAGAGGUGUUUUGGGGCUGCUGGUGUGUCUAGCAUUCAUCUCUUUUCGUCGGGCGGUCCAGACGACCCUCGGGAAGACCACGGCCUCUCUUCUUGUCCUCAUCACUUGCUCUCAGUUCCACUUUCUCUUCUACGUCAGCCGACCUCUCCCCAACACCUUCGCCCUCGUCCCGGCCCUCUUUGCCUUCCGUUCCUGGCUCCUCGGUCGACACGCCCCCUUUAUCUGGUCCUCGGCAGCCGCCAUUGUUCUGUUCCGAGCAGAGCUGGCUGGUCUACUGGGGAUCAUGAUGAUGGUGGAGGUCGUUAGAGGGAGAUGCGGAGUGGUGACUCUUUUCAAACACUCGGUUCCAGCUGGACUUCUCUGGCUGGGUUGGACUGACAGUGGGUGUGGACAGUGUGUUCUGGGGGAGGUGGGUGUGGCCAGAGGGAGAGGUCCUCUGGUUCAACACUGUUCUGACAAGAGCCAUCUCUGGGGGACCAAACCAAUCUGGUGGUACUUUGCCUCGGCACUCCCUCGCUCCCUCCUCCUCCCCCUCCUCUCCAUCCCCGUGGCGGUCGUGACGGAGCCCCGAUCUCGCCUGCCCCUCUUCUGCGCCCUGCUCUACGUGUUCCUCUACUCGCUGCUGCCUCACAAGGAGAUGAGAUUUAUCAUCUACACCAUCCCUCUCUUCAACAUGGUCGCCGCUCUUGCCUACUCUAAUAUAUGGAAGAAUCGUCGCAAACUACCAGUCUUUGUACCACUCGGAGCUGUUUGUAGCCUGCUCGUCAGCUUUGGUCUGGCUCUCUGCUUCAUGUCUGUCUCGCGUCACAACUACCCUGGAGGCCACGCCAUGUCCCUGCUGCAUGGACUGGUGGACAGAGACACCGAGAUGAAGCUUGGUGGGAGGGUGAGUGUACAUGUUGGUGUCGAGGCUGCCAUGACAGGUGUGUCCAGGUUUGGGGAGGAAAGACAGUCUUGGAACUAUUCAAAGAGGGAAGAUCUGGUCCCGGGCUCAGCAGAAAUGCAGGAGUUUGACUUUCUCCUGAUUUCGGUGGAAGACCAUCACUACUAUCAGGAGUCACAUGAUUUGGUCGGCAGAUCAGAGGGGUUUACCCGACUGGAUUGGUCUCCCUCUCUCUUCCCUCCGCUUCGCAUCGUCCUCGAGGACAGGAUAUUGGUUCUAGCUAAAAAGAGUGUAGGCUGUAAAAAGAUAUGAAGUUUUCCAUGACUUGUACAGGUUCAUCGGUGAUGUUUGAAACAUGUUCCUUUUGAAUAGCUAUAGUCCAUUUUUCAUUUACUAAUAGCAGUCUCUAUGCUAGUAGCCAGAUUUUCAAAGUCACAGUCCCUCAGUAUCUCCACCAGUAUCUCCCACGUGGCUGGCUGUCUGCUGCCUUGGCCCUGCAGCCACUUCUUGAAAGUUUCUCUACACUUCUCCUGAACAGAUCCAAAAUCUUUGUUGAUCGCUGUCUGUGUGUGUCCGUCAGAGUCGAAAUCCAUCGAAAUGGCGACAUCAUCCCAUUUUCCAGCAAGUUCUUUGAUUAUGCACAUAUCUUUGUCUCCAGGUAUCUUUAGUUCCAUAGUUGGGCCAGUGUAGGUUUGUCAGUUAGGUUAGGCAGUGGCGCUGAAGGAGAAACCGGAAUUGGUUUUGUUGUGGCGCCUCCAGUAAAACUUUUCCACUUCACUCCCGCGUAUUGCCCCUCGAUUAUCUGGGAUAAGAUGACCAGACCGCAGUCUCGGAGCGCCGUCAUGAGCUUCUGCCACGU